UGAUACAGGUGGACUUCAUUGGAGUUCUUUGCUUCAAGUUCGAUGAACUGAAAUUUCUAUUUUUCCUCAGAAGAUUCGCUUGUCGUCAUAUCUUAUAAUGCCUUUCCCACCUAUAAAUCUGCAUCCACGGAUUUCAUCGCCGGGAAAAGAGCUUUUCAGGAAAAAGAAAACCAACACCAACGUUGUGCCUCCCCAGUCUUUGCUAGGUCAUAAAUCGAGGGAAGAAAAGGACUCAGAAAAAGAUCAACUGUCCACAUCAUGGCCCUCAGCCAAUCUGAAACAGAUGGGACGAAAGCCACAACAACAAGGGAGCAAGGACCCAACAGUGAGAAUUGGUCCCAGUCUAGAGACUGACGGCAAGAAUCCAUGGCUAGGGCUGCCAAAGCCAUUAGCCAGUUCGUGCGACAGUGUUCCGCGCUCGAGCUCCGGGGAGUCAGCGGCACGUCGAAGCAGCAAAUACUCCUCGCGGAAUUCCAUCGGGAAAGAGGAGGUUGAACAGGAGAUACAGUUUUCUUUGAGUUUGACUCCUGAGGCUAUUCUGGUGAUCCAGAAACGGAAUCUUGAAAAACAGAUGAUGGCCAAGCAGCAGAAAUGUUGUGCGUCUGCUGACUUAAGACACAGGCGAGUUUUCCCCUCCAAGAGAGCGCAAAGCAGUUCUAAGAACGCUGUACCUAUGGCAAAACUGGAGACUCCAAACGACAUAAGCACUAUCGUUAAGAUCUCGCUUCUUAAUGACCAGUAUAAAUAUGAUGAUGUUGAGUAUGAGGAGGAGGACGGAGACGUAGACGAAACGGUUAUGAGGAAAUGCAAAGAGUGGCUUAAAGGUGUAGAAAGUGCUGCUGCUUUUGGUAAAGUUGACAAACUCUCAUCUCUUCCACACCUGAAAAGCUGUUGACAGUAGACAACUGCAAAUUGCCGUUUCACACAAAUGA